AUGCCCAAAAGAACAAGAUCUCAACUUUCUAGAAAUAGUUCACAGGCUAGGACAAUAAAAAUACGUCGUCAUGGAGAAUCUCAAUCAGAAACUGAAAAUCGUCUUGCAAGUCAGAGAGAAUACGCGUCGAAAUCGCGUGCAAGAGAGUCAAGUAUCGAGCGUUCACAGCGGCUUGAAGAACAAAAUAUUAGAAAUGUACAAGCUCGCGCUAGGGAAUCGAGCUCUGAACGUUCCGAGCGCCUUCAAAAUCAGAGAGAAAGACAACAGACGUCAACGGCUAGAGUUCGCAAUUAA